AUGUUAUAUAUCGACCACGAGGGUCUGUUGACAAGCUGUGACUAUUCUAACAACUCCAGAUACUACGCAGUAACGCAGGACAUCAAGAAUGAAGCGAUCAUUUACGAUGCUAGGACAGAUAACAAAUUUGAUACGAUUCAACUUGACUCCACACCUACUUGUCUAGAGUUCAGCCCAAACUCACAAAGAAUUGCCAUUGGUACUCUACAGGGCGAAGUCAUGAUUUGGGACGUCAAAGCUCGAAAAUUCACCCUCAAGUUUCACGAGCAUUCGAACGCCGUUUCCUCAAUCUGCUUUGAUAAAGACGAACGAAUGCUUGUCUCUGGAAGCUGGGACAAGUCGAUAAGGAUGAUGGAUGUUUCCACUGGUAAUUAUAGAAGAAAAGGGACACUUCGCGAGCAAUUCGCCAUUGCUCAUCAUGGAAGUGUGGCUUCUGUGCGCAUUUACAGCCGUGGACAGCACAUGGUUUCUGGUGGCUACGACAAACGAGUUAUGCUUUGGAAUCUUGAUCACGAAAUGGCGCAAAUUCCCCUUCAGGGGCAUCAAGACUGGGUCAAUACUGUGGAAGGAAAUAUUGAAGGUACUCGAGUAAUAUCUGGCUGCAAAGACGGAACGAUAAGAUAUUGGAACAUUGAAGACAUCGAUAAGAUUCCCUUAGUUCAGAACAACAAAAAAGACGCAGGAGUACGUACUGAGCUUUGCAUCGAGUGCGCCCGCCCCUUCCCGGUUUCUACGACAAACGAAAAUCUCUUCACUGGAAAGUGCGUUUUCUGUCGUAUCGCUGAGCGAAAGCAAGCGGAACGUCGGAUGACCUACAAUCCUAAAGUCAUCAGGACGAAAGUGGACACCAAAAGUGGCGACGCAGCUCGUCGCAGAACCUCUUUCAAGCCUGGAAUGUACGGUCAGGAUAAUCAGGACAACGACGUGGAAAUAAUCCCAGAAGAAGCAGACGAGCUUCCAGCACGAAGACGAACAUCUUUUAGACCCUCUUUUCAAUAA